GUCCGUCACUAGGAGAUCUGUGAGUGGAUGAGAUCCGUCCAGCGGAUCAGAACUGGAACCGGAACCGGAUCAGAACCAGAACCGGACCGAGAACCGGAGAACCGCCGCGGCAGCAGGAUGGGCAAGAAGCAGAAGAAGUCCGGAGAGGACAGUGCUAAGGAGGAGGGCGGCGUGGACAUCGAUGCUCUGGCUGCAGAGAUAGAAGGAGCCGGAGCCUCCAGAGAGAUCAGAGGGAAGAAGAAGAAGAAGGGAGGAGGAGGAGCCAAGAAGGAUGACUACGAUGAGGAGGAGAUCCUGAAGGAGCUGGAGGAGUUGUCUCUGGAGACUCAGGGAGGAAAAUCAAAGAAGGAGGAGGAGGAGGUGGAGAGCGUGGAGCCUCCCAGACCAGAGAAGAAGAAGACCAGGAAGGGGAAGAAAGGAGGAGGCAGCCCUGAGGAUGAGGAGGGUGAUGAAGGAGAAGGUCAGGCUGAUGGAGAGCAGAGGAACGGAGAGCAGAAGGACGACAACAAGGCGGCGCCUCCUGCUGCGCCUCUUGCUGCUCCUCCCUCCGACUCUGACGACGACAGCGGAUCACAAUCUCGCCUCAAAACCAAAGGAGGUAAAAAACCCUCGGUGUCGGACCAAGAGGAGAACAAAGACCUGAAAGGAGGAGGAGGAGGGAAGGAGGAGGACGGCUCAGAGGACGACGACGAGGACUUAACCUCCAGGAGAGACAGGAAGAAGAAGAACAAAGGCAAAGCGGCGAAGGCGGACAGCGAGGACGAGGAGGAGGCGGAGGAUGGAGGAGGAGGAGGCCUCAAGAUGAAGACGGCGGCGCAGAAGAAGGCGGAGAAGAAGGAGCGGGACAAGAAGAAGAAGGAGGAGGACAGGAUGAAGCAGAAGAAGCAGAAGGAGAGGGAGAAGGAGAAGGAGGGCAGCGUGGAGCCAGAGAAGAAGACGGUCGAGGCCACGCCCCCUCAGGUAGCGCCACCUGUAGCAGCGGAGGAGGAACAGGAAGGGGCGGAGCCUGCAGGUGAAGAGGAGGCCGAGGUCGAGGGUGACAAGAAGAAGAAAGACAAGAAGAAGAAGAAGGGGGAGAAGGUUGAGAAGGAGGAGAAGAAGAAGGGACCCAGCAAGGCCACAGUGAAGGCCAUGCAGGAGGCUCUGGCCAAGAUGAAGGAGGAGGAGGAGCAAGCCAAGAGGGAGGAGGAGGAGCGCCUGAAGAGGCUGGAGGAGAUGGAGAAGCAGAGGGAGGAGCAGGAGCGCCUGGAGCUGGAGAGGAAGGAGAAGAAGAAGCAGAAGGAGAAGGAGAGGAAGGAGCGUCUGAAGAAGGAGGGGAAGCUGCUCACUAAAGCCCAGAAGGAUGCGCGAGCUCGGGCCGAGGCCACGCUCAAGAUGCUGCAGGCCCAGGGUAUUGAGGUGCCAACCAAAGACUCGCUGCCAAAGAAGAAGCCGGUUUACGGAGACAAGAGGAAGAAGAAGCCCGCCGCCGCCGCCGCCACCGCCACCGCCACCGCCACUGCCACCGCCAUCAUCCAGACCCCUGAAGAAACAUCAGAGGUGACAUCGCCCACCCCGGAGACGCCGGAGCCCGUUGCCAUGGAGACGGAAGCUGAGACGCCGGCUGCAGAGCCAGAGGUGAAGCCAGAAGCAGCAGUAGAUGACUGGGAGGCCAUCGCCACCGAUGAGGAGAAAGAGCUGAAGAAAGUCCACAUCGAGGUGAAGGAAGACACCGCCGCUCCUCCUCAGCCUGCCGGUAGCGACGAAGACGAGGACGAGGAUGACGACGAUGAGGACGAGGAUGAAGACGAUGACGACGAGGAAAGCGAUGAAGAGAAGGAGGCGCCGACGACGCCGACGGUGGCAGUUCCGCCGCCAGCAAGUCACGGGAAGAGGAGGUCGGCGAAGGAGAGCGAGGACGAGAGCACCGAGAGCGAGGACGACGACGGGAGGACAAAGGAUGAGCGGCUGUACGACCGAGCCAAGAGGAGGAUUGAGAAACGGCGGGCGGAGAACAUAAAGAACAUCGACCUGGACAGGCUGAGGUCGCCGGUGGUGUGCGUGCUCGGACACGUAGACACCGGGAAGACCAAGAUCCUCGACAAGCUGCGACACACCAACGUGCAGGACGGCGAGGCCGGAGGAAUCACUCAGCAGAUCGGCGCCACAAACGUCCCGCAGGAGACGAUCGAGGAGCAGACGAGGAUGGUUAAAAACUUUGACCAUGAAAACCUGAGGGUCCCCGGCAUGCUGAUCAUCGACACGCCAGGACACGAGUCCUUCAGUAACCUGAGGAACAGAGGCAGCUCUCUGUGCGACAUCGCCAUCCUGGUGGUGGACAUCAUGCAUGGCCUGGAGCCUCAAACGCUCGAGUCCAUCAACCUGCUGAAGGAGAAGAAGUGCCCCUUCAUCGUGGCCCUCAACAAGAUCGACCGUCUGUACGACUGGAAGAAGAGUCCAGAAACGGACGUCGUGGCCACGCUGAAGAAGCAGAAGAAGAACACCAAGGACGAGUUCGACGAGAGGGUCAAGGCCGUCAUUUUGGAGUUCGCUCAGCAGGGUCUCAACGCCGCCUUGUUCUACGAGAACAAAGACCCCCGGACGUUCGUGUCGUUGGUUCCCACCUCGGCCCACAGCGGCGACGGGAUGGGGAAUCUCAUCGCCCUGUUGGUGGAGCUCACCCAGACCAUGCUGGCACGCCGGCUGGCGCACUGCGACGAGCUGCGAGCUCAGGUCAUGGAGGUCAAAGCGCUGCCCGGGAUGGGAACCACGAUAGACGUCAUCCUGAUUAACGGGACACUGCGGGAGGGAGAGACCAUCAUCGUACCGGGGGUGGAGGGACCAAUCGUAACGCAGAUCAGAGGGUUGCUGCUGCCGCCGCCGUUGAAGGAGCUCAGAGUCAAGACCCAGUACGAGAAGCACAAGGAGGUGUCGACGGCUCAGGGCGUGAAGAUUCUGGGUAAAGACCUGGAGAAGACGCUGGCGGGGCUCCCCCUGCUGGUGGCUCACAAGGACGACGAGAUCCCCGUCCUGAGGGAUGAACUGGUGCGGGAGCUCAAACAGACGCUGAGCUGCAUCAAGCUGGAGGAGAAAGGAGUUUACGUCCAGGCAUCCACACUGGGAUCACUGGAGGCUCUGCUGGAGUUCCUCCGGACAUCCAAAGUCCCCUACGCCGGCAUCAACAUCGGUCCGGUUCAUAAGAAGGAUGUAAUGAAGGCGUCGACGAUGCUGGAGCACGACCUACAGUACGCCGUGAUCUUGGCGUUCGACGUAAAGGUGGAGCGGGAAAGUCAGGAGAUGGCCGACACGCUGGGAGUUCGUAUCUUCUGGGCUGAAAUCAUCUACCAUCUGUUCGACGCGUUCACCAAGUACAGAGAGGACUACAAGAAGGCCAAGCAGGACGAGUUCAAGCAUAUCGCGGUGUUCCCGGUGAAGCUGAAAGUUCUUCCUCAGUUCAUCUUCAACUCCAGAGAUCCCAUUGUGAUGGGCGUCACCAUCGAGGCCGGCGUCCUGCGACAGGGAACGCCGCUCUGCGUCCCCAAUAAAGGGUUCGUGGACAUAGGUAUCGUCACCAGCAUCGAGAUGAACCACAAGUCCGUUGACAGCGCCAAGAAAGGCCAGGAGAUCUGCAUCAAGAUCGAGCCCAUCCCCGGGGAGUCGCCCAAGAUGUACGGACGCCACUUUGAAGCCACCGACCCACUCGUCAGCAAGAUCACGCGGGCGUCCAUCGACGCUCUGAAGAACUGGUUCAGAGACGAGAUGACGAAACAGGACUGGCAGCUCAUCAUGGAGCUGAAGAAGACCUUCGAGAUCAUCUGACGGACUCCCGACGCACAACAACAACAACAACAACAACACACACACAUCUACACACCGACACACACUUCCUCCCUCUGACGGCGCCGGGAAACGUUGAAAAGCAAACAGGCGUGAACGCGUUUUUCUGUGAGAAACGAAGUGUUGUUUCCACUGUUGUAAACAGUGAACACACACACACACACACACACACACACACACACACACACACACACACACACACUCAGUAUUCCAACGUGCCUGUUUCUUCAGCAUCAACGUUGUGUUCUUCUUCUUCUUCUCUGGUCUCUGGCUGCUGCUUCCUGUCCCAGGUGGCUCCGCCCCCCAGACUUAACGAGCUUAACGAGGAGCCCGACCAGGUGCAUUAUGGGAUAUGUAAGGAGCAGCAGCAGCGGGGCAGAAAGAAAGAGGAGGAGUUUAUUCUGACUUCACUAAACAUCAAAUCAUAGAAGCAGCGACGGCGGCGACUUUAAAGACUCUGCGUUGGCGGUGUUGGUGGCGGCUCUGCCGUGCGGUCUGUCGGACACGUUGGAGGUUUGAAUGACAGAAGAUUUUAAAGUGUUUCUGAUGAUGUAAUAAAUUACCUGAUGAGUCUGA